AUGGCGCAAGCCAACCCCUCUGCACCGAACGAGCCCACCACAUCCUACGUCGACCCCACGUUCUCCUUAGUCAACACAUCAUGUCUUGAUCUCCUGCUUAUAGAGCUUGUACCCAUGGCAUAUCGCAUAACAGCCGAUCUCGCCGCCCGGGAAGAGGAGUGGAUACAUGGGUCAUCAGCCACAAAGCCAAAGCGACUAUCGGGUACAAGCAACGACGCGUCAAGCACAGCGGCGGGCACAGCAAGAGGGACAGAAGGCGGGCCAGUAGGCGGAGGAGGCACUGCGACAGUCGACGAGGAAGAAGCACGAGAGGCUGUGUUCCAUCGAUUAGAGAAUCUCGGAUUCUCCCGAGACGCGCCCCGACCCACCACACCUCUCGAUUGCAUAAAGUUCCUAUGCAAAGACCUAUGGACACUCCUCUUCCGAAAGCAGAUCGACAACCUCAAGACCAACCACCGCGGCAUCUACGUCCUUACAGACAAUACAUUCAAACCUCUCGGCCGCAUGUCAUUCGAUACAAAGAAAUACGACGCCGCUAUGCAAGCCGCGCUGGUAGCACAAACAGGCGAUGUAGCGCUCGGACGGGACGCAAAUAGCCAGGCAAGGGUCCAGCCCUUUCUAUACUUUCCAGCCGGUCUGAUAAGAGGAUGUCUUGCAAGUUUGGGCAUACAAGCAACAGUUACAGCGGAAAGUGCUGCACUGCCUGGAGCUACGUUCCAGAUCAGAACUGCUGGUGCGAAGACCUGA